UCCGUACAGCCGAUUCGACUGCGCGGUCGCAUUCCGCCCCGACUUCCCCUCUGCCAGCGGCCUGGUGGUUUGAGAUGAGUAGAAGAUGUCGGUUUCGGGGCUGAAGGCCGAACUGAAGUUUUUGGAGUCAAUCUUUGACCCAAACCACGAACGAUUCAGAAUAAUAGACUGGAAACCCGAUGAACUCAGUUGCCAAUUCAACGUAACAGGGGAGAAGCUGCUGAUCAUCCACUGCAACAUCACGGAAUCCUAUCCCUCAACGCCACCAAUAUGGUUUGUCGACUCUGAUGAUCCCAGUCUGGCUGAAGUGUUGGAGCGCCUAGAAGAUGUGAGGAAAGGCAGCACAUUGCUUCUACAGCAGUUGAAGCGCCUUAUUUGUGAUCUCUGUCGUCUUUACAACCUGCCACAACAUCCAGAUGUAGAAAUGCUGGACCAGCCUCUACCAGCUGGCCCGAUCACCCAAGACAGAAAACACGGGUUAUCAGGUGACGUGACAUCUGAAGAGGAAGAAGAAGACGAAAUGGGAGAGCAGGAUAUUGAUCUGGACCAAGACCUGGACCAUUACGAAAUGAAAGAAGAGGAGCCGGUGGAUGGAAAAAAGUCAGAAGAUGAAGGGAUAGAAAAAGAAAAUCUGGCUAUCUUGGAGAAAAUCCGUAAAAAUCAGAGACAAGAUCACUUGAAUGGUGCAGUCUCUGGCUCAGUGCAAGCCUCAGACCGCCUAAUGAAGGAACUCAGGGAGAUCUACAGGUCACAGAGUUACAAGACAGGUAUUUAUUCAGUCGAACUAGUCAAUGACAGCCUUUAUGAAUGGCAUGUGAAGUUAAGGACGGUAGACCCAGAUAGUCCAUUACAUAGUGACUUGCAGGUCUUAAAAGAAAAGGAAGGAGUGGAUUACAUUUUGCUCAAUUUCUCUUAUAAAGAUAAUUUUCCCUUUGACCCACCUUUUGUACGGGUUGUCUCGCCUGUGCUCUCUGGAGGUUAUGUUUUAGGGGGAGGAGCAUUGUGCAUGGAACUUCUCACAAAACAGGGCUGGAGCAGUGCCUAUUCCAUAGAAUCUGUCAUUAUGCAGAUAAAUGCAACUCUGGUUAAAGGAAAAGCCAGGGUGCAGUUUGGAGCCAAUAAGAACCAGUACAAUCUUGCCAGAGCACAACAGUCAUACAAAUCCCUGGUUCAGAUUCAUGAAAAGAAUGGUUGGUACACACCACCUAAAGAGGAUGGAUAAGGAGCUUCUACCACUAUGCACCGGGAACAUGUCUUUGAGUCGUCUUGCUUUCUUUGGAAUAUUUUCCCUCUCUGACUUACUGGGAAUAUAUCAUCGUUCUCACAGAAACCAUCUCGUGGCUCAUUUGACAAGUAUUCCCGUCACCUCGCUCCAGGAAAGACUUUAUUCCGGUCUCACUUUGCUUCUCCCCCUCAGUGUUUUAGUGAGGAGGAUUAUGUGAGGUUAUCACUAGUUCUGUUUUCUAAAUAUGCUCAUUUGUCUUUUGAAAACAAACAAAAAAAACAAACAAAAAAAAAUUUUUCUCCCUUGAAAUUUGGGGAAAUGCUUUUUCUUCAGCUGCUUUGACAAAGCGGGCUUCACAGUCCAUUACCCCUCAUUUAGUGGGAAUUUUAAAGGAAGAUUGAUACAGAAGCAGAACCUCCUCACAACUGCUUUUUUUUUUUUUUUUUUUUCUUUCUUUCUUUUUUUUCUCUUUUUUGGAAAUUAACUGGUACAUAGAUGCAAACAUUGUUCUAGAAAUAUUAUUUGGCAUUUUUUUUUUUAAAUUAUUUGGGUAUCCUAGACAACAAAUGAUACGAUUCCAUAUUUUGUAAGCUUAUCUUAAAUUUGAGAUUACCUACUCACUGUUUUUUGUUUUGUUUUGUUUGUUUUUUUUUGUUUUUUUUGGCACUUGCUUUUUAUAAUGUGUGAAGAACAUCGGGUCAAGCAGAAACAAAAUGCUGCAGUGUUGUGAACAAGUCAACUUGCAGUUAAUUAGAAAAUAAGGCCGAUAGGUAUGAAAUAAAUCAGAAUUUUCAUAUUGUAUAUCUUAUAGUGAGAGGAUACAUAAGAUUGGAAGUUCUAACCCCUCUUGGGUCCUCUUGCCUUAUUUAUGUCAAAGGCUGCAAGUGCUUUUUUUUUUUUUUUUUUUUUAAAUAGCUGUAGAGGUUGAUGGCUAGUUGGAUGCUGACAAUGAAGCCAUCUGUGUGUAAAGUUAACAGCACGUUGUACAGAAGCCCCCUAUUCAGCCGCUGAUCUAAAAAGCUGGGUUUGAUUUGAUUGCAGUCAUUUCAUCCAGCAUAUCUGCUGGAGUGGACUUUAUUGAGGAAAUAAAUUAAGGUUUUUUUGGAUGUUCCUCUGUUCAUUUUUUUUUUUUUUUUUUUUUAAUUUAAUUUU